CAAAGACACAAAACAAUGAAUAACUCUGGGGAUAUAUCUUGAUACCUUUCUUAGACUUUUGUUGGGUUGUGAAAUCAUCACCUCUUUACCUUUGGCUAUUACUUACCCUUCAACCUGGAGGAGGUAUCUUCAGACAUUUACCCAGCACAGUAUCUGGCUAUCUCUCACCUGCGCAUCAUCCACCCACCCACCCCAUAUCAAUGCACCCUCUCCCUCCUCCCAACAGAGGCCAACCCUCCCAGCAUCCUACAAAUAGAUCACGUGAUCCUACCCCCUCGAGACCAAAUCCUUCCUCUGCCGCCCAGGACCAGUCCACCACCAAUCCAGAUGGCAAAAAGAAGAAGAAACACAGGGGUGGCAAGAAGAGGAGGACUCGACGACAGUCUUUUAUUGCCCCGUCAGAAACAUCAGCUAUUCAGAGCGUCGGUGAUGGACCUCACGACGAUCCCUUGAUUGAAGAGUCUCAGCUUGUUGCCACAUCCGCCUCCGCCAGACGACCCUUUUACCAGAAUCCACAGGGAAACCUGAGCGGUGCGAGCGUGGAUAGUGAGGCCCUUCUUGACCACCGAGCGCAGCCAAUUCUGCGGCCCAGGAGAGACAGCAGAUUGACCACCAACCUCUUUGCAACCUCAUACCGCAGCAGUGCCUUUCCCAGACCUGAAGCUCUCACGCGGAGGCGACAUCGCAGCCAGCAAGACACCACCAGCCUUCCUGACUCGGACAUCGAAGCCGCUACUGAUCGGACGCCGUUGAUCGCCAGCGAGUCGCAGAAGAAGAGUCCGGCUGAGGCAGGUUACGGUCUGUUUCGGAGAAAGUCACACACUUCUACCAUCUCGUCGUCGUCGCGAAAACAGAAGAAGCGUCUCAAUGUCAACGGCGCUUCUUAUCCCAAGGGCGAUCAGGACUACGAUGUCAACAACCCUCCAUCCGUGCCUCCGAGUCCUACACUCGAGCCACACUAUGGUGACGUGAUGGUCCACGACGGCAGCUUCCUCACUCGAUCUCCCGAUAGUCGAAGGCCGGCACUGGAUAUGAACAAGGAUGUUUUGAUUGAUAUUGAGGAUGAUCGGAACCAGGAUCCUAAUUCAGCCCCUCCGAGCCCAAGGCUGCGGCCUGAGGGCAUUUCGCGUCAUCUCAGCGUCGAAGGCGACGUUUGUUUUCCCGGAGACGAGGUUUCAGAGGCGGGUGACUACUAUAACCACACCCAGGCAACUGGUCCUCCUGCUGGUGGCGGACGGAGGAAACGCCGAGAGCGGGAGUGGCCUCAACUCUGGGUGCUUGACGAAUGGAGCCGCAUUGAGAAGGAGGCAAGAGAUGCUGGGGAACGAAGGGCGAAGAAAAUCAGCGAACCUGUAUUUGUGGAAGGACGGUUGCGUCCGGUCAAGAAUGCCUGGCACCGCAUCGAAGAAGACCGCCAGUAUCGAUACACCUACUUCAACGAGGAGUUUGAGAGCACCAUCCACGCCGAAACGAUCUCCGAGUUGGUACAGCCUGGAGGCUCUUUCCGCGAAUUGUUCAUCCCCGACCCGCCAGAGCUCAUUGACUCGAGCAGCAGUGAGGAUGAAGAUCAUACGGCCGCGAGCCAGACGCUGGACAAUUCGAGCACGAUACACAGUCCCAAAAGUGCAAACGGCACGGCGGGACCCGCUGGCAUGUCGAAUCUCUCCGAGGCCGUGAGGUCGAGACUUGAUGUCGACAAGGGGCCCAGGAGAGCUUCAAAUUCACCAUCACCGCAAAAGAAGACACCACCAACGCGCGCCCCGAAGCCAAAGAAGUACGGGCCCCGACCUACAUUUUGGCUCGACGUCACUUCCCCAACCGAACAGGAAAUGCGAGUGCUUUGUAAGACUUUCGGGAUUCAUGCACUCACCUCGGAAGAUAUCAUGAUGCAAGAAGCACGCGAAAAGGUCGAGCUGUUCCGCAACUACUACUUCAUCAACUACAGGACUUUUGAGCAGGACCCUCAGAGCGAAGAUUAUCUCGAACCCAUCAACAUGUACAUGUGUGUGUUCCGCCAUGGCAUCCUGACCUUUCACUUCUCUCAGAUCCCUCAUCCAGCUAACGUCCGGCGGAGGAUUCGGCAGCUGUCGGACUACUUGAUCCUCAGUGCCGACUGGAUUUCGUAUGCCAUCAUCGACGAUAUCACCGACGUGUAUCAACCUUUGAUCACGGGCAUCGAGCAAGAAGUCGAUGUCAUUGACGACCAGAUUCUCAAGUCGUUCCAAAAUACGAACGAGCUCGCCGGCGACCAUGGUGCCAAAAAGCAUCAUGAGAAGGACAAGGAGAGAGACGAGCCGGAGAUCAGUGGUAUCGACAUGCUGUUGAGAAUCGGUGAAUGCCGCAAGAAGGUCAUGACACUCUACCGACUGCUGGGCACCAAGGCCGAUGUCAUCAAGGGUUUCGCGAAGCGCUGCAAUGAACAAUGGGAGGUUGCGCCCAAGUCCGAGAUUGGCCUGUACUUAGGCGAUAUCCAAGAUCACAUUUUGACCAUGACUGGCAACUUGUCGCACUACGAAACCCUUUUGUCGAGAGCGCAUGGCAAUUAUCUUGCCCAAGUCAGCAUUCAUAUGAACGAAAGACAAGAAAAGACCUCGGACGUGCUAGGCAAGCUGACAGUACUGGGUACCAUUGUUUUGCCGAUGAAUAUAGUGACAGGUGAGUAGUGGUGGAUCAUGCAGGCCCUAGCAGGACGAAGUGUUGUUCUUUGCUGACUCGAAUCGUCUCAGGCAUGUUUGGAGGCAAUUUCAAGGUUCCAGGUCAAGAAGUGGACAAUCUCAAUUGGUUCUGGGGCACCACUGCGGCUUUGGCCGUGUUUGGACUGUUUUGCUUCUUUUAUUGUAAAAAGGUGUUUAAGAUAGUCUGAGGGUUGUCAAAAGACUUUGGGGAUGGUUACCUCUUGAUUAGAGAGGUGACGAGCAUACAAUAACCACUUUCUUGGAUCAAUUGGUGGAGAAUACCUGGCCUUUCUUUUGGUUUGGAUGAUGCCUACAGAAUGUAGGAGGAUCCUAUAACAACAAAGUACCGUGCUGUCGUCGUUGAGAUGGUGUUGAGAAUGGAGCGAAGCAAGCACAUAUAUCACGAAAGCCUGGUGGUUUGGAUUACUUGUCGGUCGUGUCGGACAGAGCCUUAGAACGAUACAUGGCCGGGUGGCAUUGGAGUGGUUUAUCAGGCUGUCGAGUUUGUUUUUCUGUGCCGGUCUCUGCAAAUCUUUUUAGGCCUGUUACUCGCAUAACUCACGCAUGAAGUUUCAACGCAGAAAUUCACCCUAUUUAGGUAGGUAUAUUAUCAUGAAAUGAGGGUUGACGAGGCUGAAUUUGUCUGCAUAAAAACCAAAUGCUCCCCUCGAACCCCCAAAAUAGAUUGUAUGGACGAUUAAAAAGCAUCUAGAC